CUUUGCUGUUUGUUCGUUCAGGUUUUUCCUUGUCUCUUUUCUUGUCAUUGUGCUCUUUCGCCGAGGUCUGUGAGUACGAGAGUCCCGCUUUCCGAGCCCUCGAGUCGUUCGUUCGUUGGCUUUUUUUUGCUACUACGUGUCUUGCCUGAUUUUGUGACCAGCUUCCUCUUGCUGCCUUGCACAAUCCCCCAAAAGCCAUGGUGAUUGCAGUUGUUUCCAGUGCCGUUUGCAACGUCGUCAGCGUGGCAUACCCAGCUUACGCUUCGUUCAAGGCAAUCAAAACCAGAAAUAUUGUCGAGUACCAGCAAUGGAUGAUGUACUGGAUUGUCUUUGGUUUCUUCUCAGUCGCAGCCCUUGUGCUCGAUGCCCUGCUUGGGUCGUGGUUUCCUCUGUACAAUGAAAUCAAAAUGCUCUUUGUGCUUUGGUUGAUGCUGCCUCAGACCAAGGGCGCUGUCAACAUUUACAAGCACUUUCUUCAUCUUAAGCUCGUGGAGAACGAGCAAAUUAUCGAUGCAACAGGCAACGCUGCAUACAUGGCAGUGCGUCACAUGUCCUUGGAAUCGGCCAAGCGAUUUUGCAUUCUCGUUCAACAGGCCUUCGUCCAAGCGCUUGCCAAUGGCCAGCACGUCUUCUUCCAACAACUCAAUCACGCUCAAAUGUUGCAACAACAUCAACAGCAUCAACAACUGCAGCACCCUCAGGGUCAGCUGCAAGGACCUGAGGCCUCUGCUCGCCAGCGGCCAAUGUCCUUGGUUCUCGAAGAACUUCCCGACGACUAUGAUGUGUCCCAGCCUCUGUCUGUCCGAAGCAUCCGGCCAGAGCCAUCUCAUCCAGCCAACUUCUUUUCUGAAAAUGAUGCUGCGGCGUUCUUUGGCCAAAUGGACGUGUCCAACGCCUCGAGCAACGCCAGCACUCCGCGAGGCCCGCCUUUGAGCGGCAGCAGCACAUCCAGCGAGCCAUGGGAAUUUGUGGAUGAAUCUGUGCGAUUUCGCGCCCAACAGCAACAACAGCAGCAGCAACAUCCCCAACCCCCUCAAUCGGCUCAUCCUACCUCUCACUUGACGACCGCGGCUGCAGCCUUGCGUCAACGCUUCGGGCGCACGCCGCCGAAUAAGCGCGCAGCCACUGCUCCGUCUGAUCAACUUGCCGCGGCGCGCGCAGAUGCCAGCCCUGUUUCAUUUGGGGAAGUCACUCCCCCUGCUCGCUCUCGCCCCGUGUCGCAGUAUGGAGAUGCGACCAGUGUUUAUGAGACGUCGCCCAUAACGCCUCCGUCUCGGCCCGCGCCGCGUCCAGUUGGUGACAACGACCACGUCGACCGCCUUACAGAGCACGAGAACAACCUGCGACGACUCAGACAGCAUGCGGAUCAGCUCGCUGCCAACCAAGCAGAAGCGCUUCGGCAGCUGCAAGCCUCGUCAUCGUCUUCGUCCUCGUCGGCGCCCGCACCCGCUGAGCCGCACAAGUCGUCUUGGUUUUGGUAGCGCGUUGUUUUGCUUGUCGUGUAGCCAUUCGCAUGCGAAUACAAAUGCCAGUUUGAACAACUGUGGAUAUCAACGAACGAC